AGAACAUCCUUCUUGCUUGAAAGGAAUGAUGUCCUACGGAUGCUCAACAACUUGGAAGGAAUGAUGUUCUGCAGGAGGCUCAGAGAAAACAGGGGAUGUUUCUUUUGAACUGGGAUAGUGAGGAGAAGGCGAAAAACAGAAAAAUCUAGGGAGAAACAAGAGGCAAAGCAAGAAGCAAGAUUCUAGGGGAUACUCUACAGCUUGAAAGGAACGAAGCUGAAUUUUGAAUUGUACAGCGGAUGUUUCUUUUAUGAUUAACAGCCAUGAUUCCAGAAUCAGAAUAUUGGAACCAUUGCAAUCCUUCAACUCAAAGCUGCAUAUCCCCAAUAGCAGCAGAAUUAACUAUUCUAUUCACUUCAUUUGGCGUUCGGAGCAGACCAAAUAGAAACAAUAAGAAAUUCAGAACGUCAGAGGGUCUUAGAGAGUUUCUUUAUGUUCUACCAUGCGAUGUCCUCCCCUGCUGUUAUAAUUGCUUUCACAGCAACGGCUCAGAUGCUAGACAAGUAUGGAGGGAAAGUAGGUUUUGUAGUUCCAACAAUUUCAAUAUUCAUCUUUGAUAAGUAUGGAUGGGAUGAUGAUCUCCCUGAGGCUCAGAAAACACAAGUUGCUUUUUAUGCUUUCGUUUCAACAUAUUUGUUUGAGGAAAAGUUAUGAGAUUGAGAGCCCUUUUAGCGUACUUAGAGCUUAAUUUUGAUAGAGGUUUUGCUUAAAAAAAUUUGUUGUAAAAGUUGUAUCUGUAAAUCUAAAAUUAUUGAGUAAAUUUUUCUUAAAAAAUUCUUAAAUUUAAU